UUUUUUUAUUAUUAUUUUUGGAGGAAGAAAGAAGGAGGUGUGCCAGUCUAUUCACGGUAGUAGACAAUUGAUCUUUUGGAAAGCUGAUCGAUUGAUUUUCACAUUUCUUUCUUUACAGUUCGCUUCAUAAUAACAUCACAUCAGUAACCACUACAGCAACAAGAACACAAUAGCUAACAAUAUGCCUGCAUCAAUAAUACCAAUAAUACCGACUGUCCACAUUUCCGAGAUAGUCACAUCCGAACGUGAUCCAGAAAUGGGUAUGCAGGUAUCAGACCAACAGUACAUGUCUAUUGAGUGCAUCGAAUACAUCUACAAUGAUACCAUCCAACAGGAACAACAUCUUACCCAAUCUGUAGAGGCGACCGAUCAUUGCAGUCUCUUGGAAGGGAUAUUUAAUAACAUUGCAAUAGAGGAAGAACAAGAUUUUGAUACACAUAUUGGCGAUUUAUCAUUACAGGAGCCUUCGCCUGCACUGCAUGACACAAAUCCGGAACUCGAAGUUGUCUCGUCGCUCCUACAACAAUGUACACACCAACAAGGGCAACAAGGAGGGCAGGAACAACAGCAAGUACAAGAAGUUAAUUAUAUGCAGCCACUCCUACCUCCAAAUCGUGGAAGUUCACAACUACUUUCAAGGCCUAGUCGAUUAGCUGUUCCUAAGGCUGCAUCAUAUUGUACACAGCAAGUGGAUAGAGACGCGAGUCGUUCUCAAUCACAUACUCUCAACCGUCUUGAAAUUGAAAACGCAUUUCUUUUAAAUCAAAAUAAUUCACUUAAUAAGGAUAUCCAGCACUGUCGGCAAACUGUGCAGGCACUGAAGCAUAUCUUGGCGCAAAAGGAGAAAACGAUUGAGUGCAUGAACGAAGAGUUUCGGCAGGUUUGCUUGAAAACGAAGUUCAUGGAAAGUGUCCUUGCAGAACAACAAAAGUUUAACUUCGAAAUGGCCCUCAACGCCUUUCAACCAUUGGAAAGUUCAACGGGUUCCCUACAUGACUUUUCAAAUCAGGAAGAAAAGCGACUUGGAGUAAGAAGAGUCUUGCAAGACGACGAUAGCAAUGGUAGUGAAUCUGUUGGUGACUCUGAAUCCGAUGAUGUAGAGGAUGAAAACAUUGAAGAUGAUGAAUUCAGCGACGAUGAUGAUGCGAGAUUCCUUUCUGUCUCCAAUCUUCGUUUUCAAGGAAUGGGUCUCGAUCACAUUUUACAAGCAUCCCAAACAAUAUCGGAGUCAUUCAAUACAGCUACCGACCUUACUGAGUCGAAUAAUGCCAUGAUUGUGAAUUUAGAAGAAAUAUCAUCAACCUCCCCUCAGCAAGUGCUGAGGAGGCGUCCGCGUUUUCAUCUGGGUUAUGCGGCGGCGGAGCCAACUCUGUCGACAACUUCUCUACAUACCAGUCCAUUUAUGGCAUCAAAAUCUAUCUUUUUCGAAGACCCUGAGCGUAGCUCCUCUUCCUCUUCCUUAUCUACUCGAGCGGAUAGCACAAUAGAAAACGAUCAGGCAGAAAGCAACACUAUUACCUUCGCAACACGAGAAAAGGAAAAAGCAAUAGUUUUGAGAGACAGCGGACAUUUUCCGACAGAAGUGUUUUCUGUUGAAACAAAGUCUAUUUUUUCCAAUGCUGCACAGCAGUGCAUUAUUGACGCUGAAGGUGGAAGUACGCUACCAUUGAAGCCUCAACCAUUCGACGAAUGUCUCAACCUCCCUUUGAGGCCUAUUAGUCGCCUGUAUCUUGGAUCUAGUCCAGCAACAUCCCCAUUAGUCAUAUUGGAUCAAAACUAUAUUGAAGCAAGCGCCUCUUCUGCAACAAUAAGUACAAAGCCAACACUGAUAGCAUCGUUUGAGAGCGCUAUCCAUCCAAGUCACGCAGACGUUGAGCGAGGAGAAUCUAAACCUUCUGCACCAGAAGAAGCCAACGAAUCCCGUUCAUACCAUGAUGAAUCAGAUGGAGAGAUGGAUGAAAAUCGCUCCCAUUCAUCAAUAUCCACCAUUAUGGCACCUGCGGAGGAUGACUCGGAACAAGUAAAUACCCCUGAAGUUUCGAAAUCGCUGACGGACGGUGCUCUUUCUCUAUCAACACUACUUAAAGAAGAGACUGGAGCUGUUCACAAGUAUGAAGAAUCUCAACCUUCAGCUCAAAAGGAAGCAAACGAGGGUACGCGGCCUCAUGUCUCCAGCUCACGCGGAACACGCUCAUCACCCAUUAUGUUCCGCAUAUCUUCCAAAAUCAGAGGAAAAGGUCGGCUGAGGAAGAGCAAGAGUCGAGAUAUGAUGACUUACAAAGGCAAAGAGAAAGCAUCAAUAAGCACAUCUGACAUGGGAGCGAAGUUUAAGGCGUCUAAAAACAAUAUGACGUUAGGUACUUCUAAAUUAGCAAUAGCAAUGGCUACAACUACAAAUAGCCCUCAGGCAGCUGCAACGUCAUCUAUAACAAGGUCAGCCUCCAUGACAGACGGAUCAAAGUCGACGACUACGCUAUUGUCACGGAUAUGGGGUGGGUUUGGUAAACAGACUUCAGGUCUGUUUGCUGGCCGAUUAUCCACAGAUCGUAUAAAAACAGAAACAAAGAGUCCACCCGUCGAGACUAUCACAACAACAGGAAUCGUUUCAGAAGCAGGCGAGGAAUUGGAUUUUGGUAGAAGUUCAAGCCCGACGCUGUGUGGAGAGGUAGGAUCAAGGGGUGGAGUACGUGUAAUAAAUAAAGAGUGCAGAGAUCCGGCGCCUUGGCUUGCGGAUUCAAUCGAGGUCACGAAUAACAUCACCUGUAUUAGUUAUUGUGACUGAUGAGAUAUCACAGGCCGCACCAUUGAUAUUUUCCCAAUAAACACAUGUAAAAUAUUUUUUCAUUGGACAGGAAGGGACAUGUCUGGCUUGGUCAGGCA